CGCGACCCGAUCCAUUGCCCAAGUGUCAGUCGACCGGUGAACACGCGUGUUACGUGUCAGUGCCUACUUCUUCGGUGUUUUUUCUACAUCCCCCUUCACCAGCCGUGAAAAAAGUGAAGUUUCGUUUUCAAUUCCCUUCGGUUUCGCGCAAAAGAAAGUUAAACUCUCCCCGCAAACAUGGUGUACGUCGUGAAAGAUGCCGCUGACUUCGACAGCCGACUGGAGGCCGCCGGCGAGAAGCUGGUCGUGGUGGACUUUUUCGCCACCUGGUGCGGCCCGUGCAAGGUGAUCGCCCCGAAGCUGGACGAGUUCCAGAACAAGUUCUCGGAGAAGAUCGUCAUCAUCAAGGUGGACGUGGACGAGUGCGAGGACCUCGCCGCCAAGUACAACAUCUCCAGCAUGCCGACGUUCCUGUUCAUCAAGAACAAGGAGGUCGUGGACCAGUUUGCCGGGGCCAACGCCGAAAAGCUGCAGUCGUUCAUCACCAAGCAUAGCGAAUAAGAUGUGGGAGUAGGAGAGUACUAAAAUGUAAUUGUAUGUUCAUCUGAAAGAAAGAGAGAAAAAAAUACACAAACACACCUGCUUUAUCUAAUUGUUAAACAAAACAGUCCCAUGUACACUUACACUAAUGGAAAGAGAAAAAAACAGUAGGAAACAUCAAAACAACACGAGUUUGCCUUUCGAUACGCGCGGUCAGCAAUGUUUUCGUUUUUUUGCUUAAUUCGAAAUAAGGGCCCAAAAUUCCUCCCGUAAUGUUUGUAGUAGAUUCAAUCAAUCCGCUAUCAAUCCCAACACACGUGUGGUAAUUUUUUGUUUUCCUCGACACGUUGGGCAGCGCACGCUGGACACUGAACACAUCAGGCAAUGAUGAGAGUUAGGGCAUUCGAAUCGAAAAUACAGUAAUUAUUCGUGUUAAA